AUGGAAACACUGGAAAUCCCAGUUAUCAACAGAAUAAGCGGUUUCGAAGCGGGCUUUAACCGCUUACGGAAUCCAUCCUUCAUUUCUCGAGCUAUCGAUCUCUUGUUAGGCAACGACGAAAUUUUUCUAAAUUACAAAUUCUGGACGUGGGGAGCUCUGAUUCUAGCCAUACUCGCUACUUUCAGUGGCGUCAUAAACAGAACCAAGCUCGUUAUUCUCAGAUUCUACCGGCGGCAGAGAUCCGUAGAUUCAGUACAUUUCCUCCUUAGACCACUUGUCGACGACGACGAAGACGACAACGAUGAGACCUGCUCGCCAUCUUCAUCAAACGACGAAGACGAGAAUCAAAGACUAUUCGAUGAAGAUAUCUGCGUGGUAGGUUCCGGUAGUUACGACGAAGACCAAGUGGAUAAUAGAUUGAAGCUCCGGCGUCGAUUCUCCUGGUCUGAUUUUGCUGGCGGCAAGAGCGUUGUGAGGCUCUGGGAUGGCUUAGGGUUAGGGUUAGGGUUAAGGUUUGAUGGUUCGUCAACUGAGAGUGUUGUGUCGAUGUGGGAUUUGAAUAAGAAUGAGAUUAUAAACUCCUUUUAUGGUGGUGGCGCGUAUCAGAUUCCGACAAUCUCGAGGGCGGCGCCAUCGGUGGGGCUGACGGCUGGGUUGGAGGAAAGUGGCAACGUGGCAUUUAGGGUUUGGGACGCUCGAUUGGGUCGUCAGAUUCCGGCGAUUUUUGCGGAGUUGCAACCUCGCUGGAGAAGGACAGUUGCUAUAGAUUCCGACGAAGUGGAGAAGGUUUACGUCACAGAUGACAGUAACGCCGUAACGGUGAGAGAUAUAAGGAAGGUUGGAUUUCCUAUCGAAUCUGAGGAAGACACCUGGUGGGAUUCCGACGCCGUUAUUGUAUCCGACGCCGAUCGUGAGCCGCCGGUAAAGAUUCGCGGGUCCGUUCUGUCACGUAAUCUGUCACGUAAUCUGUCACGAUGUCGUGACGCGGUGAAGUCUUACCUGUUUUAGAAAUUUUUAAAAGUCACCUAUCCAUGUGAGUUGUGGCUUCUUCCUUGUAAAUAAAUU